UGUUCAAGUCUUAUAAGUCUGUUUACGUCUGUUCAAGUCUGUUCAAGUCUCUCCGAGUAUUCGUUCGCUAUUCGGUUUGGUCAUCUUUCUCGCUGCUGUCGGGUAACCUCAAGUUCACUUUCUCGCCUUCGGAGAUCCCGAAUCCCGUAUCACAGCAUCGGCCAACGACACCAUGGUCUUCAACUUGUACACCACCAGCAGCUCGCCGGCUUCGGCCGAUAGUGGCCCAACCAAACCGAUCUACCUCCUCCCGAGUUUUAGUUUGCCCUUUCGUCGACGCCGGCCAUCCACCACACUCUCUCAGACAUACGAUCACCACCUGGACGACACUGAAUCCGAUAGUGUCCCAUCACUUUCCAGUUCUCCCGAUUCAUUCACCACCGCCUUUUCAUCCGAUUACAACCCGAUUCAGCCAACAUCUACCCGCCUCUCCCCCAUCCAGCCCGACAUCCUCCGUUGCGCCCACUGCGCAUCCGACAUAGCGUUCACUUCCCAAAUCAUCAGCAAAGGCUUCACCGGUCGACACGGCCGGGCGUAUCUCGUCUCACCUACACCUCCCCAAGCCCCAGGCCCGGAUCCGUCCUCCGGGUUCUUUUCUGCUUUCACCCAUCACCAGUCAUCUGCCAAGGGGGCGACUGAACUGCCGAACAUCCUAACAGAAGCCCCCGAAACCCGCCGCCUGGUAACGGGCCACCACACCGUCGCCGACAUCACCUGCGCCGUGUGCGGGACCAAGCUGGGGUGGAAGUACGUGAAUGCGAAGGAGAGUUCGCAAAAGUAUAAAGUGGGGAAAUUCAUACUGGAGUGCGCGAGGGUUGUGACGUUUAGGAGUUGGGAGGACUCACCCUGUGGCCUGGACGGCACUCCUGAUGACACAGGGAAGAAUGGAAAGCGGGGGAUGGUCAAGGGGGCGAGUGGAAAACGGAAGCAGAAGGAACCAGCUGGGGAGAGUGCGAUGGGGGAAAGUCAGGAACAGGAACCCGUGUCGCCAUCAGUGGUGGUCUUUGACUCGGACGACGACUCCGAAUGCGAUGACAUCUUUGCUGGAGUCUGGGACGCCGAGACCGUGGCUAAGCGGCGCAAGGGGAAGGUGACCAACAUGAAGCCGCAUAGGGCUUACUUCACCUAGAACGUUGGUAUUGGGGUUUGUUUUUUGGUCAUUUUGCCGUUUUCUUGGUUCAUUUGCUGCUGGCUUGCUUCCUUCUAAUCAUGGCGCUGGGAUACCUCUAUGGAUAUUUGGCAUACGGUAUGGGGCAUAAUCGGACAUGGGCAUUGGCGCAAGGAUGGCGCAGGGGCGGCGGGCGGAUGGACGAGCUUUGUAGACCAUCUCAAUGGAUAGAGUUUUUGUCGACAGGAGCCUGGGGGGAUUCGGUUAUUCCAUUCCCUGGUGGGUGGCU